GCUCACCGGCCCUUCCACCUUCACAACAUAACAACUUCAGCUCCUCUAUUCGGUCCCAAGUAGAGAAUCCGACGAGUGUUAUUUAUGCAUUGAAUUAUACUAGACUUGCGGAAUUUCCACCUGUCGGAAGGGGGUACAGUCAACUCAACUUUGCUCACCACAACUCCCGUCAAUUGCCGACAAAGACGGGCAAUCCCCAAACACCGAAAGCCGAGCUCACUGAUGACGGGCGGCGCCGUUCGACUCGCCUCUCUCACUACUUAAAUGCUUCACUAGGGAAUCAUCUGUGUGCUACCGCUACAACACUUCCCGCAUUUGUACUUGUUUCGACCUUGUUCUCUGCCAAUUUCAUCCCAUGUCAUCUCAAAACCACCCUCGUUGUUUAUGAGCAGGUGUCGCUUUCCGCUCCGGUGCCUCUACUGCUCAUCUCGCUUCCCAUCAACAAUUCACGGGGGCCUAGAACUGGGGUAGCAUUACCCAGAUCAGGCAAUAUGGUCAACAACCCUUUUUCAUUCCGGCCAGGACCGGUCACCUUCUGGACAACCGUCACCUACCUUGCCCUACUCAUCCCCAUCAUCAUCAUCAACGAGGAAACACCGCCAGCACCGAGGGAGGAGUCUCCGAUACGCGGCACCAACCUCACCGAGGCAUGGCUCGACCUGACCACCCUCACCCGAGCCUACCAUCCCUACAACAGCCACUACAAUGACGAUCUUCGGGGGUUCCUCCUCGAGCGGAUACGCUCCAUCUUGGAUGAUAAUGAGGCGGCCUGGACGAUGGAUGAGCCUGGUUCCAACAACUCGGAGGCCGCUGUCACAGUGUUCGACGACUUGAGAUCUAACUGCACUUUCCUUAUGUCGUCGGGCGUUGCCCCGCCCCCAAACACGCCCCAGGUUGCCGCGUACUUUGAGGGCACCAACAUUCUUGUUUACAUCAGGGGUAAAGCCGAUGACCAGGGCAAGUGGUGGGACACAGCGGGCGUUCACGACUCCAGGCGAAACGAGAAAGGCUUGACGCUGGUCAACGCUCACUACGACUCCGUUUCCACUGGAUACGGCGCGACAGACGACGGCAUGGGUGUCGUGACCUGCCUGCAACUAAUCCAGUACUUCACCCGUCCCGAAAACCGACCGGAGAGGGGCAUCGUUGUCAUGCUCAACAACGGCGAGGAAGACUACCUCUACGGCGCUCGAGCCCUCGGACAACAUCCAUUAAACCCAUACAUCCAUACCUUCCUGAACCUUGAGGGAGCUGGUGCCGGCGGCCGAGCCAUCCUCUUCCGCACCACCGACCGUGAGGUGACCGCUGCCUACGCCGGGUCUCCCGACCCCUUCGGUACCGUCAUCGGCUCCGAUGCGUUUGGCCUCGGCUUCAUAAGAAGCGGCACUGACUACUCGGUUCUCUAUGACGUCUUCGGCCAGCGCGGCCUCGAUCUGGCCUUCUUCAAGCCCCGCGCGAGGUACCACACCAACCAAGACGACGCCAGGCACGCAUCCAGGGGUAGUCUCUGGCAUAUGCUGUCCGCCUCCAUCCACACGGCUACCCAGCUGUCCAGCGACACAGGCGAUACCUUUAUUGGCCCCCGCGCUGACGGUGCGUCCGGGAAGGUCCACAAUGGCAGUCCGAGCGACGGGGUGUGGUUCGAUCUUUUUGGCAAGGGAUUCGUGCUCUUCGGUCUCAGGGGAUUGUUUGCUUGGUCGCUGACUGUGCUCAUCGCCACGCCGCUUAUUUUGAUGCUGCUCAGCUACCUGCUCCAUAGGGCGGAUAAGUACUAUAUGUUCACCUCGAGCGUCAAGCCAGGCGACCAGCCCGAUGAUGAAGCCUUGCCGGUUGGCGGGUGGAAGGGCUUCUUCCGGUUCCCAUUGGCGCUGGUGGUCGCCGGCUCCUUGACCAUUGGAGCGGCGUUCUUGAUGCGCAAGGUUAAUCCGUUUAUUAUUUACAGCAGCCGGUAUUCGGUUUUGGCCAUGAUGGUUUCAUUGUUCUACUUUACGUUCUGGGCCAUUAUGCGCGGUGCCAAUUUUGCGAGGCCUAGCGCUCUUCACCGAGUCUACGUCCAGAUCUGGCUCUUCGUCCUCGGGUGGGCCAUGCUCGUCGCGGUUACCGUUGCCGAGGACCGUCUCAGGAUCGGUGCAGGGUACAUGUUUGUCUUCCUCCAGUCCAGUGUGUUCCUCUCGCUCUUUAUCGCGCUUUGCGAGUUUUUCGCGUUGCCAAAAAAGACUGCCUGGGCCCAGAAAACGCGAGACGAGCAGGAGGAGAGGGAUUACCAGCGGGGCCGCUCUCAUGGCGCCCUCUCGCCUUCCCAAUUGCCACCCUCAGCUCCCAACCAGGAGUCAACACCCCCCGGGACGAGGCACUCGAACCACACCGCAUCUACCCGCACGAAUCCAACCGAAAACGACGAUGAGGACUCCACCAACGCCCCGACAGAACGCACCCCCCUCGUCGGGGGCAAUGCCGACCAAACCCGCACCACCUUCGCGACGAACUACCGGCGCUCCAUAUCGGCCCUCGUCACGCGGGCCCGCCGCUACAGCGACAGCGACAGCGGCGGCGACCGCCCGCACCGCGAGCCCUUCGAGCGCGAGCAGGCGUGGUCGGGCCGCCUGCCCUCCUGGACCUGGUUCCUGCAGUUCCUGCUGCUCGGGCCCUUCACCGUCAUACUCGUCGCCCAGAUCGCCCUCAUGCUGGUCGACGCCGUCCACCAGACCGGCGCCGACGGCAGCAGCCUCCUGCUCCCUUACCUGCUCGCCGCCCUGGCCGUGCUCGUGCUGCUCCUGCCGCUGGCGCCCUUCGUCCACCGCGUCUCGCACCACGUGCCCGUGUUCCUGGCGGCCGUCUUCGUGGCCACGCUGGUGUACAACCUGGUCGCGUUUCCCUUCUCGCCCGCGGCGCGGUAUAAGGUCUAUUUCGUGCAGACGCUGGAUCUGGAGACGGGUGCGAAUAGAGUGUGCUACCAUGGCGUGGACGAGUAUGUCCGCGCCGUGGUCGCCUCGCUGCCCUCCGCCUCCGGGCGGGAUGUGGACUGCACCGGGGGGUCGAAGAGGGCGGGCCUGGUCAGCUGCUGCUUUGAUGGUGCCGGCACGCCGCCGAGUCUUGCUGCUGGUGGUGAGGGCCCUUCCGGUGGUGGGGAUGGUGGUGGGUAUGGGCAUCUGGUGGCGGUCAAUGCCUCGCGCACGGGUGGCCGUGCGGCCAGGAUCGAGAUCGACGCGAACAACACCAAGGCCUGCUUUCUGGAGUUUGACGAGCCGGUGUCGGCGCUGGCUGUGCAUGGGAGCUCGGGGUGGGACGAGCGGUUCGGGCAGUUCCCUGACGCGGGGGUCAAGAACCUGCGGUUGUGGCACCGCCGGUGGGACGAGAAGUGGGUGGUGGAUGUGGAGUGGAAGGGGGGAGAGGAUGAAGAGGCGGGGUCUCCGGAGGACCCAUUUCCUUCUGCUUCUCUUUCUUCCAAGGGCGAUGGGGAGGUGCUGGGAGACGAGGAGCUAAGGAGGCGUGGGGAGGGCCUCAAGGGUACGGUCGUGUGUAUGUGGAGCGAUGCCAAUGUACCGGGGACGAUACCGGCGCUGGAUGAGGCGCUCCAGUUUGCGCCCGCCUGGGUCGCGGUUACGAAGUUGUCGGAGGGGCUGGUGGAGGGGAGGAGGGCGUUUGAGGUGUGAGUGGCAUGGGAGCUUGCUGCCUGGGGUUGUGUUCGUCUCGUGAGUAGCUAGGACUUGGUUUUCUGUUUUACUUUUGGAAGCAUGGUGUUGCCAGUGGGCAGUGGGGGAAUGUCAUUGGCAUUUGUGUGUAAUUGUCCUGGGUGAGCGCCGAGUCUCCUAGGAGGGUUAGAUGAGGGCGUAGGUGACACCAUUUUGAGUGUCUGGGUAAGGUGCCUAUGUAAUACACUACAAGGUACUACGUCACUGGGGAUGAACAGCAUAACGUGUCUUUUCUUUGGAUCUUACACAUCGUGUGAUUCUGUGGUUGUAGUAGUAUGAGUGAUGCUUCCCG